CUCGUGUUUGCACGGGGCUGGGGCUGGGGCUCGAGCGCCACCGCCGCUUGAUGGCUCGUGUUGUUAGUAAAGAGAAAGGUCCGGGCAGGUCCGUGGGACGGUGCGCGCUGGCUGGCAUUCCCGUGCCCCAAUCAGGAGUAACCUCGUCGGGUGUCUGCGGACACUAUUGGCUGGUGAGAAAAGAUGCUGUGCGCAAAACCAACCCCGCUCCCCUCACUCGCUUUACAGGAGUGGAGCAGAGAGGAUCAUCCGCUUUCCUUGCUGCUCAGCCGCACUGAUUAUAGAGCGAGAGAGAAAAAACGGGAGAGAAAGUACAAUUUGUCGUUUAUUUACGUGUUGGCUAACCGUGUUCAAGUUCAGGAUUUUAUUCGAAUGGUGUUUUCUGGAGUUAUGCAUUCGUGAAGUAAUGUUUUUAUAUUUUGUAUUGCACUUAGUUGGGACUUGAUACGUGUGAGGAUUCCAUCUGUGGCUGAGGAUUGUAUUAUGGUCUACACGUCUUGCCUCCCUCUGCCUGCUGCGAUGUUGGCGCUUCGGCCAAAAUUCACAAACCUGGACUGAAUAUACACUUUUUUUUUGCUGAAAGAAGCGAGGAUCAAAUGGCCGUGAUUCUCACGACUGAAACACAGGAAUGCUUUUCGGUUGACACGACGACGCGCAGAGGGAAAGAAGGAAUAGCUGAUUGGGGUUUGGGUAGCAGCCGUAGUUUUAUUUUCAUUAUUGCAGCUUUUGAUUCUGCCUUAUUCCUGCGAACCGAAGCUGGGAUGGGAAAUGCUUAGUUCAAGUAAGAAAUCGGAGUAAUAGCCCCGACAUAUAUCCAAGUGCACUUGAGAGAGGAAGAGUGAGAGGAGUGGAAAUGAUUUUGUUAUUACCGCUCCUUCUCUCGGUCUUGCUGGAUGGAGCGGUGUGCCAGCUGCGCUUCUCUGUACCAGAGGAGCAAGAACACGGGACCGUCAUUGGGAAUAUCGCGGAGGAUUUGGGGUUGGACAUCACCAAACUUUCCGCCCGCCGCUUCCAGACUGUUGCCAGCUCGCGGAACCCUUACUUGGACGUGAACCUGGAGAACGGGAAUCUUUAUGUUAAGGAGAAAAUAGACCGGGAGGAGAUAUGCAGGCAGACAGUACCGUGCAACCUGCACCUCGAGGUGUUUCUGGAGAACCCGCUCGAGCUUUUCCGCGUGGAGAUCGAGGUGAUGGAUAUCAACGACAAUCCCCCCACUUUCCCCGAGACAGACAUCACUGUAGAAAUAACGGAAAGUGCCACCCCAGGUACCCGGUUCCCGGUGGAGAAUGCUUUCGACCCAGACGUCGGGACUAACGCGCUCAGCACCUACGCCAUAACGAACAAUAACUACUUUUACCUGGAUGUUCAGACACAGAGCGACGGGAACAAGUUUGCGGAGCUCGUGCUGGAAAAGCCGCUCGACCGGGAGCAGCAGGCGGUGCAUCGGUACGUACUCACGGCAGUGGACGGAGGCGUGCCACAACGGACUGGCACCGCGCUCCUGGUCGUUAAAGUCUUGGAUUCCAACGAUAACGCACCCAUCUUUGACCAGUCGGUGUACACGGUGAGCCUACGGGAGAAUUCACCGGUGGGCACGCUGGUUAUUCAGCUAAACGCCACUGAUAUAGAUGAAGGGCAGAACGGAGAGAUAGUGUAUUCAUUCAGUAACCACAACCCGGCGAGGGUAAAGGAUCUUUUUAAAAUCGAUGCCAGGACGGGGAGAAUAGAGGUGGCUGGGGAAGUGGACUAUGAGGAGAGUAGUACUCACCAGAUAUAUGUCCAGGCUAAAGACCUGGGAGCGAACGCAGUGCCCGCGCAUUGCAAAGUCAUGGUCAAACUGGUCGACGUUAACGACAACACACCGGAGAUCAGUUUCAGCACGGUGACCGAGUCUGUGAGCGAACAGGACGCCCCGGGCACCGUCAUAGCCCUCUUCAGCGUCACCGACCGGGACUCGGGCGACAACGGGCUGGUGAGCUGCGAGAUUUUGGGUGACGUUCCUUUCAAACUCAAAUCGUCAUUUAAAAACUACUACACCAUAGUAACGGAUGGACUAUUAGACAGAGAACACGCAGACUCAUACACAAUCACCGUUGUAGCCAAAGACCAGGGGCUCCCCUCUCUCGCCACGAGCAAAUCCAUCAAGGUACAUGUUUCCGACGAGAACGAUAAUGCACCCCGCUUUACGCAGCCAGUUUACGACGUGUAUGUGACGGAGAAUAAUGUGCCAGGUGCUUUUAUUCACGCGGUGAGCGCCGCGGACCCUGACGUCGGUCCGAACGCCCUCAUUACCUACUCCAUAUUGGAGUGUGCCAUCCAGGGCAUGUCCGUCGACACCUAUGUGUCAAUCAACCAGGACACUGGUUAUCUUUAUGCGCUGCGCUCAUUCGACUAUGAACAGUUGAAAGAGUUUAGCUUUAUGGUACAAGCCAAAGACUCCGGGAGCCCAGAGCUCUCCUCCAACAGCACCGUUAAUGUCAUUAUUGUAGACCAGAAUGACAACGCGCCUUCGGUGAUAGCCCCGAUCGGUAAGAACGGCACCGCCAAAGAACACCUGCCGCGCUCCGCUGAGCCGGGCUACCUGGUCACGCGGGUUGUCGCCAUGGACGCAGAUGAUGGCGAGAACGCACGGCUCUCCUACAGCAUUCUGCGUGGCAAUGAGAUGGGCAUGUUCCGCAUGGACUGGCGGACGGGGGAGCUGCGUACAGCACGCCGUGUCUUCACCAAGCGCGACCCCCAGGGCUCCUACGACCUGCUGAUUGAGGUGAGGGACCACGGACAGCCACCGCUCUCCUCCUCGGCUAGCGUGACUGUCAUCCUGGUGGAUAGUGUGAUAGAUGGACGGAGUGGAGACCGAGGAGGAUCUUCAUCCAAGUCCAAAGAGACCUCUCUGGAUCUCACCCUCAUCCUCAUCAUCGCCUUGGGUGCCGUCUCCUUCAUCUUCCUCCUGGCUAUGAUCGUGCUGGCUGUGCGCUGCCAGAAAGACAAGAAGCUGGACCUGUACACGUGCCUCAUGGCGGGGGAGUGUUGCCUGUGCUGCAGCCCGUGUUGCUCGCGCCAGGCGCACAGCAGGAAACAGAAGAAGCUCAGCAAGUCGGACAUCAUGCUGGUCCAGAGUACCAACGUCACCACCGGUGUGGGCGCUGUGGGCCAGGUGCCUGUGGAGGAGUCUGGUGUCAGCGGGGUCGGGAUGGGCGGUGGGUUCGGUUCCCAUCAUCAGAACCAGAACUCCUACUGCUACCAGGUGUGUCUGACACCGGAGAGUGCUAAAACGGACCUGAUGUUCCUCAAACCAUGCAGCCCCUCGCGCAGCACCGACACAGACCACACCACCCCCUGCGGUGCCAUAGUGGCCGGGUACAGCGACCAGCAACCGGACAUCUUAUCCAACGGGAGCAUCCUCUCCAAUGAGAACAAACACCAGCGAGCAGAGCUCAGUUACCUAGUGGACAGACCAAGGAGAGUGAACAGUUCUGCGUUCCAAGAAGCGGACAUCGUGAGUUCUAAAGACAGCGGUCACGGGGACAGCGAGCAGGGAGACAGUGAUCACGACGCCACCAACCGGGGUCAUGCCGGUACAGAUCUAUUCUCUAACUGUACAGAGGAGUGUAAGGCCCUGGGUCACUCCGACCGCUGCUGGAUGCCAGCCUUCGUUGCUGGCGACGGUCGCCAGGGCACCGGUGGCGACUACCGUAGCAACCUGCACGUGCCAGGCAUGGACUCCGUGCCGAACACUGAGGUACCCGCCACCGCCGCGUCCGGUCACCACGACAAUGACCUUACGCUGACUUCUGACCUCACGACCUCUGAUAGGUCAUUCUCUACGUUCGGAAAAGAUGGCGGCGGAUGCACCACACUGCCACGGUCAAUGCACCACCUCCACCACCACCUCCACCAGUCACAUCAGCUACAUCUCCAACACAACAGCCCAGCUACCGCCACUACUACUACAGACACCACGCUAGAGAGGAAAGACUAUGAGUCCUUAAGGGGUACACUACCGCUACCGUACAAACCCACCUUCUCCCACAAAAGGAUUUGCUAGCUCGUUCCGAGUGGACCUACCAGAGACAGCGUGAAUUUGCACAAUAGAGAACUGGCAAACAAUGGCGGCAACGUUAGCGAAAGAGAGAGAGAAAGAGAGAGAGAACAACCAAACACAAACAAAUCUAUGACAACAAGACCAUGGGCUUGUUUUGAAACUUCAUUAUCUGGGACUGGCCAGCUAGAACGGAACCUUUCAUCUCCAUCGCCUCGGGAGACAGCAGGACAAAGUGCUGGAGAAAGAAAUCUAGAACUGCAAAUGUAGAACAGAAGAGCUCUAGAACUGGAGCUGUGGAACUGAAGAACUCUAGAACUGGAACUGUAGAACAGAAGAACUCUAGAACUGGAACUGUAGAACAGAAGAACUCUAGAACUGGAACUGUAGAACAGAAGAACUCUAGAACUGGAACUGUAGAACAGAAGAGCUCUAGAACUAAAACUGUAGGACAGAAGAGCUCUAGAACUGGAACUGUAGAACAAACGUGUAGAAGGAACUUCUAGGACCAUAGUAGGCCUUAAUUGCAUCUCAGCAGGCCUGAGACCCCGGGCCAAAGCCAAAGGACGAACGAUGGAAGAAAACGACUGUGUUUAAGAAAGGGAUGCAGAGAGGAUGUAUCAACUGAACUUACAAACAAAGGAUUACGAAAAUAGACAAUAGACAAAGAGGAAUCAAAGAAAGACUGAUGGACAACACAAACAGACGUUUUGUUGUCGGUGACUAGGGGGGUCCGUGGCCAUGGGGUACACCCGCCCCCCCGUCUAGUCCAUCUGUGUGUGCCUGUUUACACAAAAAGAAACGUUUCUGUACAAACUUCAACCAACCAUCACUAUGAGCCCUUUAGCUGUUUCUACUGUCACCACUACACCAACUGUACAGGAAUGAAGGAUGAGAGGAGGGGGAGAGAGAUGGAGGGAAAGAGAUGGAACGCGAGAGCCCGAGAGAGAGAGAGAGCGAGAGAGCGAGAGAGAGAGAGAGAGAGACAGAGAGAGAGAGAGAGAGAGACAGAGAGAGAGAGCGAGAGAGAGAGAGCGAGAGACAGAGAGAGAGAGACAGAGAGAGACAGAGAGACAGAGAGAGAGAGAGAGAGAGAGAGAGAGAGAGAGAGAGAGAGAGAGAGAGAGAGAGAGAGCGAGAGAGAGCGAGAGAAAGAGAGAGAGAGAGAGACAGAGAGAGCGAGAGAGAGAGCGAGCGAGAGACAGAGAGAGAGAGAGAGAGAGAGAGAGAGAGAGAGAGAGAGAGAGAGAGAGAGAGAGAGAGAGAGAGAGAGAGAGAGAGAGAAAGAACCCCAGAAAUGAUGUGAACUAUUAUACAAAAUCAAUAUCUCUACUUGACUGUUUUUAUAACUUCUCUUGUUUUCUUCCUGUUGUUUUCUCUGUGCGGUCCAAGUGUUCUGAAUCUCCACGAUUCUGACUUUACAGUAAAGAACAACUACCACACAAUUGCCUACAACGCGGCUAGUUGAAUUCAUGCUUCUUUGGACGACCUCCCUCCAUAACAUUGGUCUGAGAGGAACUUAACAAACCAGAGAAAUGGUGUUGUUUAUAUCAUGUGUGCAAAGUGUUUACUGUGCAAUAUUAAAGCUUAGCCUAUAAAUGAA